AUGCUGCGGUCCUUUGGGGGUCUGGAGAGUUCAUGGAAGGCUUCCUCCCACCCUCUCUGGGGGGCCUUUAAGAGCCCUGCCGGGACACCACCCGGAAGCGGGAGGUGGGGAGGCGCUGGCGGCAUCAAGGAGGCGGUAACGGGGCGGGGGCGGGGCGUGUCCGAGCCGGUCGGGCCUCCUAAAAUCCGCGGAGCAGGACCGCUGAGGGGUGCGAUGGGCCCGCGGGCAUCCCUGUGCGGGGUCGUGCUGCUCUGCGCCCUGGGUCUGGGUCUGAGUCCCACGGGAGGGCAGCGCUGCGGUCCUGGCCACUCGCUGCAAGGGACUGGGACAGACACGCGCUGCUGCCGCUCCUGUGCCCCGGGUAAAACGGAUGAGAAGAACUGUUUUGACUGUGUGUGUGUCCAGCCCGAAUUCCACUGCGGGGACCCUGGAUGCCAGACCUGUAAACGCCACCCCUGCCCUCCAGGUCAGGGGGCAGUGCCUGAAGGGAAUUUCAAGUUUGGCUUCAAAUGUGUGGACUGUGCUGUGGGGACCUUCUCCCGUGGCCAGGAGGGCCGCUGCAGACCUUGGACAGACUGUGACCAGUUUGGGUUUCUCACUAUGUUCCGUGGUAACAAAACUCACAAUGCUGUGUGCAUCCUGGGGCCUCUGCCUGCCGAGCCACGUGGCCAGCUGAUCAUCCUCCUCCUGGCCGUGGCUACCUGCAUCCUCAUGCUGACCACAGCCCAGCUCAGCCUGCACAUUUGGCAGCUGAGGAGGAAGCACAUGUGGCCUCGAGAGACCCAGCCACUCCUGGAGGUGCCGCCACCGGCAGAGGAUGCCUGCAGCUGCCAGUUCCCUGAGGAGGAGCGGGGGGAGCGGCUGGAGAAGGGCGAGCUGGGGGACCAGUGGGUGUGAGCUGACCGUCCUCGGAGCCGAGCCCGAGCCAGCCCUCCCAGGAGCUUGCCCAGGCUGAGACUGAAGCGGGCUCUGCUGUCUGUCUGCUCUGGGCCCGGCCCUGCUCCCCUCGACGGUGGAAGUGGGUUAGGGUGGUGACAGUAACAGGUUCCCCAGACUAUGCAGAAGGGUGGUGGCCAUGGCUGACCCUGUGGGAGAGACAGGCAGCCAUGACUGCCUUCUUCCCUGGCCAGCCCUGCUGGUGGGGGGGAAAUCUGUGGUCCCUCCAUGGGUGUGCAGUGAUCAGCAGGGGACCUGGCUGAAGGUGGUUUUCAAUAAACACUUGUCCAGUGA